CAGAAAGUUGUCAACAGACUGAACAAUGGAUAAACUGAAAGGGCAGUGGCAAAAAUUGAGGCAAUCCUUUAAAAAAGACCCAGAGCCACUCAGCAGCAGCCCUCCCUCUGAGUUGCGGAUUGUCCUCGUUGGGAAGACUGGGGGAGGGAAGAGUGCCACUGGAAACACCAUCCUGGGUGAAGAGAAGUUUGAGUCCAAACUUUCGCCAAAGCCAGUGACCCAGGCUUGUAGGAAAGAGAACCGGGCAGAGGAGUGGGAGGGGAAGCAAGUGGUUGUGGUUGACACUCCAGCCAUUUUUGACGCCAGCAUUAAAGACCCCCAGUAUAUCCAGCAUUGCCUCCAUCUGGCCAGGCCAGGCCCCCACGCUCUGGUGUUUGUGACCCAGGUUGGUCGUUUCACAGAGGAAGACAGCGUGGCCCUGAAGCAGGUGGAGAAGAUCUUUGGCCAGGAGGCCACAAAGUACAUGGUCGUCUUAUUCACCCGCAGAGAAGACUUGGAUGGGGAACGCCUGAAAGACUACAUAAAGCGGUCGAAGAACAAGCCCCUUCAGGACUUGGUCAGAAGGUGUGGGGGCCGUUGCUGUGCUUUCAACAACAAAGCGGCAGGAGAGGAACAGAACACCCAGGCUGAAGAGCUGCUCUCCCUGAUUGAGCAGAUGGUGCAGACGAAUCGGGGGAAACCGCAUCUCAAGGCCUGUGAUGCCCCAGCUUCAUUACCUGGGAGGGCUCACUCAGAAUAAUGGGCUGGGAGGGACCCCAGCAGGCAUUUCUGAGAUGCUUCAGUGCCAUGGCCAACUGGAGAGAUUUGUACAUGAGAUAUGAUGAUAAGAUAUGAGCUUCUGCCAAGGAAGAAGGGGGAAAACCACUUUUUCCCUUUCUCUCUCCCCCUCCCCACCGCCCCCGUCUUCUUGGAAACUAGGCAAUGUGACUGUGAAACCAGCUGGAAGAUUUGGUUAAACUUGUUAAACCUCUAUAUUAAGGGAAUUUUAGGGGAGGAGGGAAGAGUAUGCUGGGGUGAUUAGCUGGGCUGGGGGAUAUUGACAAGUACUUUUAAAUUAGGUUGAUGCAGCAGGCUGGAACCGAGGGAGACAAACUGAUGUUCCUCCCCCCCACCCCGCCACCCUCAAACCUUUAGAGGCUUCCUCUGCAACAGUGUUUGCUUCCGGUUUGAGUGGGUUAGGAUGGGGGGCUGGGGGGAAGCACAACCAAAAAAGUUUUAAUAGUUUGAUGAUUUUAAAUAGUUUAAACGUUUUAAAAUUUUAAAUUCUUGUAAGGUUUUAAGUUUAAUUUGUUGUUUUUAUUGUUUUGUUGUAAAUCGACCAGAGACUUGUGUUUUGGAUGGUAUACAAAUAUGUUUGUAUGUAUGUAUAAUUAAUUAUGUUAAUUAUAUAUUAUGAUGAUUUUAAA